GGUUUCUGCUGUCGCCCCAAGAUGGCGGACACAAUGAGCCGGCGCCUUGCCGGUUGGCCCUGAGGCGACUGUAAGGAGGAAACGGUCGGCAGGCCCCACAGUCCAGGCAGAAGAGCGUUGCCCGAGCAGGAGGGAGAGGAAGAGGCGACCUGACUGGCGGCCGCCCUCCCGUUCGCCACCGACGCGGCUCCCGCCCCGCCCGGAUUGGCCCCUCGGCAGCCCGCCUGCUCGCCCGCCGCCGGGCCCCGCCCCGGCCCUGCUCCGCCGCUGCCUUCAGCAGCCGCCGCCAUGAAGCUGACCGACAGCGUGUUGCGGAGCUUCCGCGUCGCCAAGGUGUUCCGCGAGAACUCGGACAAAAUUAACUGCUUCGAUUUCAGCCCCAACGGCGAGACGGUCAUCUCGAGCAGCGACGACGACUCCAUCGUGCUCUAUGACUGCCAGGAGGGCAAACCAAAGAGAACCCUGUACAGUAAGAAAUAUGGCGUGGACCUCAUCAGAUACACUCAUGCGGCAAACACAGUUGUUUACAGCUCUAACAAAAUAGAUGAUACUAUUCGUUACCUGUCCUUGCAUGACAACAAAUACAUCAGAUACUUUCCUGGACAUAGCAAAAGGGUGGUAGCCUUGUCCAUGUCACCUGUGGAUGACACUUUCAUUUCUGGGUCUCUUGAUAAGACUAUCCGACUCUGGGAUCUCCGGUCUCCCAACUGCCAGGGUCUCAUGCAUCUACAGGGCAAACCAGUUUGUUCUUUUGAUCCAGAAGGGUUAAUUUUCGCUGCAGGUGUCAACUCUGAAAUGGUCAAACUUUAUGACCUUCGUUCUUUUGAUAAGGGGCCAUUUGCGACCUUUAAGAUGCAGUAUGAUCGGACUUGUGAGUGGACAGGACUUAAGUUUAGCAAUGACGGAAAGCUUAUCCUCAUCUCCACCAAUGGCAGCUUCAUCCGUCUCAUUGAUGCAUUCAAGGGAGUGGUGAUGCACACAUUUGGGGGUUAUGCCAACAGCAAAGCUGUCACACUGGAGGCUUCAUUUACUCCAGACUCUCAGUUUAUUAUGAUUGGUUCAGAGGAUGGCAAGAUCCAUGUCUGGAAUGGAGAGAGCGGUAUAAAAGUAGCUGUGCUGGAUGGUAAACACACAGGCCCCAUUACCUGUUUGCAGUUCAACCCCAAGUUCAUGACAUUUGCCAGCGCAUGUUCCAACAUGGCCUUCUGGUUGCCCACCAUUGAUGACUGACCUUGAUGCUACUUGGCUGUUUCUAUACAGUAAGGGCAGCCAGCAGGAAAAAACUCAGAGGGGACUGAGAUAAUAGUGGGAUUGGAUCAUUUGACUGGGCUGGAGAACAUCCUUUCACUUGGCCUUCCCAUGGAUGUGCUGUACAUCUGCUCAAAAGAAAAAAAUUACUUUGCUGAGCUUCUUCAAAAGAACUCUUGGUGCGGCAGACUCAAUAGGGACUCAGCUUUUCCAGCUGUCACUGCACCAAGCUCCUUCAGAGCAGUGGCCAGACUUAUGAUUAGAGUAUAGUAGGGCUCUCAAGACACCUUCAAUUUUGAAUGUAUUUGCUGCUGAGGAGCCGGUGAAGUCGUCAGUUCUGCACAUCACUUCUCUCACCCCCAUAAAUGCAUGGGAAGUCACAGUUCUGGUUUUGAGAUGCUAGGGCAACUCAGUGCCCUGUGCCCUCACACUGCAUGUCUUGUUACUGGGUCUCCAUGUGUAAUUGUGGCAUUAUUCCACAACCAUCAUGUUUUUUUGGUGCCAAACA